AAAGUAAAAUCCUCAGCCUCUCUCUUCAUCCUCCACUCCCGUCUCGCUCUCACUACCUUCCGCCAACAGGCCUUUCGGUCUUGCCGAUUAUUCUCUCCUCCUCUAAGCCGCUUAUUUCCAUUGUAGUUUCUGAACAAGUCCGAGAUCCGAUACCUCCAGUAGUAUUGAUAUAAUCAGGUCUACCGUUUCGUUUCCGUCGAAGAUGAUGUACCUUUUUUUGCCGGUUAGAGCCAUCCAAAAAUGUUAGACCCGUAUGCUAUUGUUCACGUUAGAUCCCAAAAAUGGCUUCGCAAGAGGAAAAAAAAGGGCCCUCUUUGGAUUUUGACCUCAACUUUCUCCUGCACUUGUGAAUAGUAGUAGCUCCAGCAGCAGAUAAAGUUUUGAUCUUUUUUCUGAGCUUGCAGUAACUGCAGUUCCAAAAAAAUCUUUAAAGACCAGACUUUUUGGGAUUUGUGUGAUAGUAACAAUAAUAUUUUUGUUGGUUUUAAGAUGUUUGAUGAUCUAAUGGAUAUGGGUUUGUACUUGUUUUCAUAGACAUAUUAGAGAUGGAGGUCAAGUUAGUAGAAUGAAAAUUUUUUGAGCAACAGUAGUUGACAGGGAAAAAAAAAAGUGGGAUUUUUGAAAGUGGCUAAGAUGAGUUUGGAUGCUGCUGAAGAAGAAGAAGAAUCGUCCCAAGAAGUAAAAAUUCCAGCGGAUAUAGAUUGGAAAAUGCUGGAUAAAUCCAAGUUUUUCUUCCUCGGAGCUGCCUUUUUUUCCGGUGUUUCAGCUACUCUUUAUCCUAUAGUGGUGUUAAAAACCAGGCAACAGGUGGCCCAAUCUCAAGUUUCUACCAUUAGGAUUGCGUUUUGGGUUGUUAGACAUGAGGGGUUUCGCAGUUUGUAUAGAGGAUUUGGGACUUCUUUAAUGGGUACAAUCCCCGCCAGGGCAUUAUACAUGGCCGUCUUGGAGAUUACCAAGAGUAAUGUGGGGACUACUGCCAUUAAAGUUGGCUUUCCAGACUCGACUGCAGCUGCUAUGGCUAAUGCUGCUGCUGGAUUAAGUGCUGCAGUGGCUGCACAAAUGGUUUGGACCCCAAUUGAUGUGGUGAGCCAGCGCCUUAUGGUGCAAGGUGGUAAUCGACACAAAUUUAGUAAUUCGUUAUCUUCGACCAAGUAUCUGAAUGGAAUUGAUGCCUUCAGGAAGAUCCUAAAUUCGGAUGGACUCAGAGGACUCUACAGGGGAUUUGGGAUUUCGAUCUUGACUUAUGCUCCUUCUAAUGCAGUUUGGUGGGCAUCCUACUCUGUUGCUCAGAGGCUGGUUUGGGAUGGAAUUGGAUUUUACUUGUGCAAGAAAGAUGAUGAUAUGUUUGAAAAUGGUGUUAGUGCUUUAAGGCCUGAUUGUAAAACUGUAAUAGCUGUUCAAGGGGUCAGUGCAUUCAUGGCUGGAGGAGUUUCCGCGGUGAUUACUAUGCCUUUGGAUACCAUAAAGACCAGAUUGCAGGUUCUGGAUGGGGACGAAAAUGGCCGAAAGGGGCCAACCAUUGGACACACGUUCAGGAAUUUGGUAAGAGAAGGUGGUUUGAUGGCUUGCUACAGAGGGCUGUGGCCACGAUGGGCUUCAAUGUCCAUGUCUGCCACCACAAUGAUAACUACCUAUGAGUUCUUGAAACGGCUCUCAGCCAAGAAUCAAGAGGGUUUGACAUGAUGAACAUACGAAUUACGAAAUAAAACAAACAGGGCAUAAGCUUAGUUUUGUCUUCUCCUCUUUCAACUAAUGCAAUGUUAAAUCUUUUGGUUGUUUUCAACUCUAAAGUUGUCUCUAUUUCCUGCUGUUGCUUGAACUAGAACUCUUCACCCUAACCAAAAUGGCAGUCUAUGUGUGCAGCUGCUAGUUUCGUUAUGCGUACAACUUUAAUGUACAUACCAUUCUAUUUCUUCGACUCCCACACACAUACCUUCCUGCAUCAUGAUGCAUACUCUGGAGUAUAUUCCACAACUUUUUGGAACUCGAAACUCUUUAUUGGGAGGUCCCCUCUAUUAGCUAAAAGUCGGAUUUUCCAGCUUCGCUCUAGUCGAUCGGAAGUGGCUGCCAAAAUGUGAGCUCCUUUUGCGUGGAGGGAUUGCUUCUUUUCAGUCUUCAUGGAUAAUAGCCAAAUACUAAAACCAUAGAAUGGAGUUGGGCACUGAUUAGUCCAUGGUUAAAUCUCUUUCGUGCACUGAUUACAGAACUGUACUGCGAAACCGAUCACUUAUCAGAUCAAGAUGCUUGCUUUAAAUAAAUGGCUAAAGAGUAUUUUGUUGCU